AUGACUCGCAACACUCUUCUUGUCUUCACUCUACUGGCUCUUGCAAUUGUUGCCUCAGCAAAUUAUCCGCACUACCACCAACAACCACACUACCAACCCCACUGCCCGCAAUGCCACCAUUGCCCGCACCAUCAUCAUUACCCGCAGAACCAUGAUCAUAUUUCACAACGCCAUCCCACUUCUAAAUGCGCCGAGAAACCUUAUCUUCCCGAAUGUCAGAUACCCAAGCGCUAUCCAACAUAUGCUCGCACAUACGGAGAGUGCGUUGAUGCUUGCAAUGUGAUUAUCACAAAAAUGGCUAAAAUCGGUCAAGUUCUGCUCACCAAUGAUAUGGAUAUUUAUGAUGAUGAUGAUGAUACUGUGCAAGACGGAAACGGAAGUGGUGACAAGAGGAUCAUAAUGGCUGCAACAGAAGAUGAGACAGCUAUGGGAACUUUGUUCAGACACUCGGGCUGCAAACGGAGCAAUAAAGUGGAACGGUGA